AUGCAGCCUGCUGCCCUCCUGGCGUCUCUUGCCUCUUCUCGUCGCAUGUCGUUUCCUUCGUCGAUCCCACGCACGGCCAUUGCUACGAUCCCAUGCAACAUAAUCACUUCGUCGUGCCCUUGUUCACCCUUCCUCGUCCUGCUGAGACCCCGCCGUCCCUACACAGUCGCCAUGUCUCCACGCGCCCCCGCUCCUGCCUCACUUGUGCUCUACGUCUAUGUACGAAGCAUCGUAAAUAUCAUGCCACACGCACUUCAGUGUAUCGACGAGGAAGGUGAUUAG